CAAACAACUUUUCCAGACUCAGCGAGCGACUCCACACUUCGACUCGUCCAGCUGCUGCACGCCGUAAAGCAGAGAUUUAAAAAAGAAAAAAAUACCGACCGAAACGCGACUACAAUAAACUGUAAAGGAUUUAACUUUGAUUUAAUCGCAUACAUUUCCAUUAAGGAACUUUUGUAGUUUUUUUUCUCUCAGUUACCACCGUCACGCUGAAAAUUGAGAUGAGGACUCUGUGGUUGUUGUUCCUCGUCGGGCUAGCCCCUGGAUUCAUCAGUGAAAAAAUGCUGGUCUCUUCACAGUCGCACCCAUUCAUGGGGGAUGACCUUUACAUAGAAGGUCAAACAUCAGGUGAGCUGCCGAUAGAUGAUGAAGAUGGCGACGACAUGGGCUCAGGAUCCGGAUCUGGAGACUAUGAUCCAAUCAGUUACCAAUUACACAGAGAGGAGAAGGAGAUCCUCACCACGUUUGUCGACUCAAACAAGAGCGAAGAAAUGACUCCAACGCUGUCGACAGCGGAUUCUCGUCACGGUCAACCGACCACAGCAGCUGACCGCCACGAGCCACCAAACAAGACAAUGGAGAGUGAAACGACAGCAAUCGGUGUGGACAUGAAGGAAGAGGUGCCAGGUAAUGGCCCAACAGCUGACUGGUUCACACACGCUUCCACUCCCAGCUCCACCAAGGACAACAAAGAAGCCGACGAAGACAACAGCCUGGAUAGAUGGGACGACUCCUCCGCCACCAAAAAUAGUGGCGAUGAAGACACCAGCGGAAUCCAGACAAAUGAAAUUCUUGUCAGUCGGGCCAGCAGAGUGUUUGACUCUCCCGAUGACGUGACAUCCGAGAGCAUGUGGGAUCGAACGGAGGUGCUGGCAGCGGUGAUAGCAUGCGUAGUGGUCGGCUUGCUCUGUGCCAUCUUCCUCCUUGUCCUCCUGGCCUACCGCAUGAAGAAGAAGGACGAAGGGAGCUACGACCUGGGCGACACCAAACUUUCCACAUCAGCUUACCAUAAAGCACCAACCAAGGAGUUUUACGCCUGAACUGACCAAUACGGACUGUGAAUAGAUAUCAUCACUUGCCAGUUUGGACUGAGAGCGGCUCAAUAUCAGCUUUUAUUUUCAAAUCUUCAACAGCAGCAAACUCCUGCUCAUCUCUCUUUUCACAGCUCUGUCUUUAGUCUGCACAGUUCUCACACAGAAUGGAAGAAUUCAAAUGCAUUCAUAUCAUUCCAAUCUGGGAAAGGAGUGGAAACGUCUCGAGAGUAUCACAGGAUCACAGCCAUUCGAGUCAAGGAAAGUUUAUUCAACACUGUGCCUUAAACCCAUACUGCCUCUCUAAGAUGGACUCGCAAUGGUGUCAGCUAGUCAUGAGGAAGUUGACCAAAACAAAAAAACAGGACAUCUUCAUUGUGUUUUGAAUGAUGUCAUAAAGUGGUACUUGUAUUCCAAAGAUCCCAAUGUUAAUCCUUGGUUUGGUCGAGGUCAGAUUUCAUAUGUUGUUACAUUUCAUUUAGUGCUUUUUUUGGUGUUAAUUGUACGAAUGUUUUUGUUAUUGUUGUUGUGACUAGCGAAUAUGUUAUUCCAUAUUCUGUCCAGUUUUGGUACGUGAGAUUGGGUUCCUCUGCAGGUACAUUUUUUUUUUUUCUUCCCUCAAAUCUUAUCUUGUCAUCAAUCAAUAUCAUGUUCUCUUUGUUGUCUUUGGAAAUUGUAGCUUGUUUAUGUAUUUUAUAGUUUUGAGAUUUUUGACCCAAAAGCCAUUUUAAAGAAAACAUUUUCAGUCCAUACAUUGUAUUCCCGAUGCCUUUGCACACAGGCUAUGUCAACCUUGCAUUGAACAUUCUUAAUAUUUACAGGGCUAUUUUCUGUGAUGACUGAGUGCAGCAAGCAAAGCCAAACCACAUUCCAUUGCAACUGCCAACUGCAUGCAGCUAUAAUAAUAGGUUUGACUGGUGACAGCAUUGAGAGCCUUUCUGCACAAUAAGGUUUUUCAGUAAAACGGGAUACUAAAAUGACCACUUGGGUUUUUCAGUGUAAUGCAGUACUUUGUAGGUCUUCUGUUUUAGCUAUACAUGUUUUAGCAUUUCGCCUGGUGCUAAUUGUAUGUGAAAGCAUUUUUUUGUUUGCUUUGUGGACUGAGGGAAAGUUAUUUUAGAGCAGGGUUUUUUUUUUUGACUUUCUAUGUUUUCAAAAGUUGCCUCAUAUUUGGACCUCUCAAAAUAAGACCAUAUUUUUACCAAACAAUUUGCAGCAAUUUUGCUCAGAUUUAAAACUCAUUCCAUUUCAACAAUACGCAGUAGCAUCUUUUGUUGGUGAAUAAAACAUGUUUAUGAAAUUUCUGUUGCCAUUUUACUGAAAACUAGGCUCCCAUGCAUUUCUCAAAUUUCCUGCAGAAUUCUGGUGAACGACUGACAUGGUUGGAAUAAACACAAUGUUAUGAUGAUUCAUUCUCUCUGAUUUACUGUUCUCAUCAAGAUCUUAAGGGUGCCAGAUGGUGCAGAAUCAGCAGUUCUUCAAAAAAUGGUCAUGUAGAUUUAGCUUUAAAGAACCACAUUGACUGUUGUACUUUUCUUUAAACCGAGGGUAAACACAAAACUCAAAAUGGAAACGUGCUGUGUGGACCGAAACAGUUUCGCGUUUGCAACUUUCAUUUCACUGUCUACUAUGUAGUGAUGAUACUAUGACAUGUAUUAAUUUAUAUUAAUUUAGACUAUAACCAAUUUCAAUAUGUAAAAUGUACAAUACUUUGUCUUUAUUCUCAUGGAUCAGAUUAUUUCAAAUGUAUGUUUUAUUAUAUUCUGGUUCAAUUUAUUGUUAGCAAGCCGGAUGUAUGCAAUUGUCUUGAAUACAUUCAAUAAAAGCUGAUAAAAUAUUU